AGUGGGUAUUAGCGAGUGACUGAGCCUGAGAGAGAGAGAGAGAGAGAGAGAGAGCGAACGAGAGAAAGGAGAGGUGAUGGAAGAGCAGAAACCAGCUUUUGGAUGGGCAGCAAGAGACUCCUCUGGUGUACUUUCUCCUUUCAACUUCACCAGAAGAUCUAAUGGAGAUGAAGAUGUCACCUUAAAAGUAUUGUACUGUGGGAUUUGUCAUACAGAUCUUGGAAUCAUCAAGAAUGAGUUCGGGAAUGCGAUGUACCCUGUUGUGCCUGGACAUGAAAUUGUAGGUGUUGUUACUGAGGUUGGGAGUAAUGUGCAUAGGUUCAAAAUUGGAGACAAGGUUGGAGUUGGAUAUGUUAUCAGCUCCUGCACUGCUUGUGAUAAUUGCAAACAAGACUUUGAGAAUUACUGUCCUAAAUUUGUUCCUACCUCCAAUGGCAUUGGUAGUGAUGGUAAACCAACAUAUGGAGGAUUUUCCAAUCUCUUAGUAGCUAAUGAGCGAUAUGUGGUCCGUCUUCCCAACAACUUGCCAUUAGAGAAGAUUGUGCCAUUACUAUGUGCAGGGGUCACUGUGUACACUCCAAUGAAAUACCAUGGACUCAAUGUGCCGGGGAAGCAUUUGGGGGUUGUUGGUCUUGGUGGCCUUGGACAUGUUGCAGUGAAGUUUGGCAAGGCACAUGGAAUGAAAGUUACUGUCAUAAGUACAUCUCCGAGCAAGGAAAAGGAGGCAAUUGAACAAUUGGGAGCUGAUGCAUUCUUGGUCAGCCGUGAUCCUGACCAGAUGAAGUCUGCAAUGGGAACAAUGGAUGGUAUCAUUGAUACUGUUGCUGCAUCACACCCAAUUGUGCCUCUAAUUUCCCUGCUAAAAGCUCAUGGAAAGCUCAUAAUGGUUGGUGUUGUCUUAAAACCAAUGGAGAUACCUGUUAUUUCUUUAAUUCAAGGUGGAAGGAGCAUCUCAGGAAGCAAUGUUGGUGGAAUGAAAGAUACACAAGAGAUGUUAGACUUUGCCGGAAAACACAAUGUGACUGCCGAUGUUGAAGUUGUCGGUAUGGAUUACGUUAAUACGGCCAUGGAAAGGCUUAAAAAGGGUGAUGUUAGAUAUCGAUUCGUCAUCGAUAUGGCAAACACCAUUGAUGCUGCUUAGGAAGCUGAAUUACGAUCACCUUGUGCUUAUAUUUGCUUGCUUGGUUUGCUUGUGAUCUUAUAAAAAAGUUCGUGUGAUGAAGUCACAUUAUAACUACUAACUGUUUAAAGUUUUUUUUCGCUCUUCUCUUGUGUGGAUUGUUCGUGUGCACUAUGGAUUUGUUUGAUAUAUGAUAUAAAUAAGAGCACUUAAGCUUGGACUGUUUUAA